CAAUCAAAGGUUUUCGUUCACUGUUUGCCCUAAGUCAGUUUUUUUAGUCCUGUCUAAUUUAGACUUGUAAGUUAUAACUUUUUGUAUUCUGUUCUUAUUUGUAUACACAAACACACAAAUGGCUAUGUCAACGUUGAAGACGCCCGUAAUGAAUAGCAUCGCUAAACGCUGCUACGCUAGUAAAGCGGCAGCGUUAUCCAUCAAGGGACCCGAGGUACAAACUAAAAAAUUGCCAAACAACACCUUGGUCGUCGCUGUUCCGGAGUACCCAACCAAAAUUGGACGGAUUUCAGUUACUUUCUUGGCUGGAUCACGUUAUGAAGACCCAGAAAAUUCAGGUAUCGCCCAUGUAAUCCGUAGUUCAGCUGGACUCAGUACCGAAUCGUCCACUAAUUUCGCAAUUUUGCGAAACUUGGGUCACUUGGGUACUAAUUUCUAUGCUACCUCUGAUCGUGAAACAAUUACUUAUACUAUUGAAGCACAUAAGGACAAUUUAAUCAGCAGUUUGAAGUAUUUUAUUGAUUCUAUUUCAAAUCAAAAGUUUAAACCAUGGGAGCUCUCUGACAAUUCAAAACGUUUACAAUAUGAUCUUCUUACUAUACCACCUGUAUCAAGAGUUUUAGAUUUGGUUCAUAAGGCUGCAUAUAGAACUGCUCUUGGUAACACAAUAUUUGUGCCUAAAUAUAACAUCAAGAAAUUGGAAACUGAACAUCUUUUAUACUACGUUAAACAGAAUUUCAUCAGUGAUAAAGCUAUUAUCUCCAGUGUUGGAGUUGACUUAGAAACAUUGGUCUUAAUUUCAGAUGAUUUAAAUUUACCAAGUGGAAAUUCAACCACUGCAUCAAAGGCUAAAUAUUAUGGUGGCGAUUUGAGAAAGAAUAAACCUUUGGAUACUACUUAUUUAGCUGUUGUUGGUGAAGGAGUGAGCUACAAAGAUUCUCAAAGUGCUGCAUUUGCUGUUCUUCAGAAUUUAUUAGGCAAAGGAUCAUCAGUUAAAUGGGGAAAUGGUCAGGGAGUUUUAGAACAAAGUAUUCUCAAAACAAAUACUUCAGAUAAUUUUGCUGUAUCAGCAGUAAAUUAUAACUAUUCAGACUCAGGUAUUUUCGGUUUUCUAUUAGCUUACAAUGGAAAAAAUAUCAGUCAAGUAUUAAAUGCUGCUGUACAAACUUUGAAGUCGCCUACAAUCAAUGAUGCUGAAGUGAACCGGGCUAAAAAACAAUUGAUUUUUUCACUUGUUGCAACUUCAGAAUCUAGUGCUGAAGUUUUAGAAAAUAUUACACAACAAGCCUCUGUUACUGGACAAGUUUUACCUUUUGAAAAAUUAGUUGCUGCAGUCGAAGCAGUCAGUGUUGAGGAUGUUAAAAAAGCAGCCAGCAAAGUAGCAAAUAGCAAAUUGUCGUUGGCUGGUUAUGGUAAUGUAGCUUCUACACCUUACUUGGAUAGUUUGUAGUUUUGUAUUUAAUUUCUUGUAAAUUCUUGUUUGUUAGUAAAAUAUAAAACUCCAUAUAUACUUUUACUUUAUAAAUAAGGUUUUUUCCUUGUUCUACACUUACUGUUGUACCUAAUUAAAUACAUUGAUUACAAACAUUGUUUGGAGAAAAUAAAACAUCGUAUUUGAAAAUGAA